CAGUUCAACGUGGAGGCCUUUAAGAACACUUCCAACUCCAGUUAAAACACAGAUAAGUGGGCUAGGACCAAAACUUUGGACUGUUCCUUACGACUUUUGAAGCUACUUGUGGUUCUCGUUUAUAUCACAUCUGUGUCUAUCAUCUGGAAAAUGACUGAAGAAAAAAUAUUUCCACAGAGCAGGUGAAUUUAAAAGAAAGCUCCCGCACACAUAGCUGAUACGCCACCUACUGCAAAACCGAGCUGACAGCGCAGGCGACGCUGCCCGCAUUUCCAUUCCAUCACCAGACUGGGGCUGAAUAAAGGCGUGCUUGUGUGGUAGUGUUUCUUUUUUAAAAAUCUCAAAGCCAAGAAGAACAGGCUGAAAUAGCAUUUUCAAAAAUGGAGCGUAAAAUAAACAGAAGAGAAAAAGAAAAGGAGUAUGAAGGGAAACACAACAGCUUGGAAGAUGCUGACCGAGGAAAGAACUGCAAAUCCACACUGAUGACCCUCAACGUUGGUGGAUAUUUAUACAUUACUCAAAAACAAACACUGACCAAGUACCCAGACACUUUCCUUGAAGGUAUAGUAAACGGAAAAAUCCUCUGCCCGUUUGAUGCUGAUGGUCAUUAUUUCAUAGACAGGGAUGGACUCCUCUUCAGGCAUGUCCUAAACUUCCUACGAAAUGGAGAACUUCUACUGCCCGAAGGGUUUCGAGAAAAUCAACUUCUUGCACAAGAAGCAGAAUUCUUUCAGCUCAAGGGACUGGCGGAGGAAGUGAAAUCCAGGUGGGAAAAAGAACAGCUAACACCCAGAGAGACUACUUUCUUGGAAAUAACAGAUAACCAUGAUCGCUCACAAGGACUGAGAAUUUUCUGUAAUGCUCCUGAUUUCAUAUCAAAAAUCAAAUCUCGCAUUGUUCUGGUGUCCAAAAGCAGGCUGGAUGGAUUUCCAGAGGAGUUUUCAAUAUCAUCAAAUAUCAUUCAAUUUAAAUACUUCAUAAAGUCUGAAAAUGGCACUCGACUAGUACUAAAAGAAGACAACACCUUUGUCUGUACCCUGGAAACUCUUAAGUUUGAGGCUAUAAUGAUGGCCUUAAAGUGUGGUUUUAGACUGCUGACCAGCCUGGAUUGUUCCAAAGGGUCAAUUGUUCACAGCGAUGCCCUUCAUUUUAUCAAGUAAUUACCUGUGUCAUGAACAAAGGCAACAAGCAUGCAGCCAGCAAGCUUCGGAAAACCACAGCAUCAAAGGCAUCCCGAAUAACGUGUGCCGGGCCAGCUCUGUACUCAGAGCCCUGCUGCUAAUCAAUUACUGUGAGCUAAGGGUAUGUAAAUUCUAUUGCUAAAGAUGUCCUUCUCAAGGGUGUUCCUGCUGAUCAGACUCUUAUAAUGAAAACAAUGAUGUUCUAUAUAUUGUAAAUAAAGACUGAAUGCUUUUGCUAUUUGUUUAUUUCCCCUGAAGCUGUCUUUCAAUCAGAAUGUCUUGGGUACUUGCACAAUGAACAAGCAUGUACAUUAUCUAUCAUUCAUUUAAGUAAAUGGUAAUAAAAUAUGUUAAGGGGCUAUAAGAUUUAAAAUCUUUUCUAUAAAACUACAAAGAAACUGAACUGGUAAAAAUUAACUACGGAGAGCAAAAGAAAUGUGCAGAUGUACUAAGUAAGACAGAGCUCUAGUGAAACCAAAUGUAAUUGUUAAGAAGGUAUUAAAGUUAUUGAUUUAAUUUUAAUGGCAGGCACCAAAAGCUUAUUCACAGUUCCUGUAUUUCAUACUAGAAUUAUAGCUGAAUUGACAUAUUGCUGAACAUUCCUAGAAAACUGCGUAAUGACAAUAAAAAAUAAAUAAAAG